CACACCUCUCUCUCGGCAGUGAUUCCCUUUCUCUAUUUCCUUGGGUCAAAACUUUUGGGCUGGCUUGGCUGGAGAGCGGAGGGGGCGAGGUGAGCCCGGGCGCGCGGGCUGCAGGUGCAUCGGCCGGGGCGGGGGGGAGCGCGGCCCACCCCCGGGACUCGCGCACACCCCGCGCCGGGGAUGCCUGCGGAAUGAUCGCCCCCCGGGGCCCCAGCUCCCGCUUCCCGCCUCUGCUCCACUCGCCUCUGCUGGCGGGCGGAGAGCGCCGCUGAUGAGGGGCUCGUCUCUGCAGUGAGCGCCGCGCGGCUCCCUCCGAAGAGGGGCCACAGACACCCAGAGCAGGAUGCAGGCGACCGCCAACCUCCUCAACCUCCUGCUCCUGGCGUUGCUGGCUGCAUUGGACCCCUCCAAGACUCAGAUUAGUCCCAAAGAAGGCUGGCAAGUGUACAGCUCUGCCCAGGACCCAGACGGACGAUGCAUUUGUACUGUGGUUGCUCCAGAACAAAACCUGUGUUCCCGAGAUGCCAAAAGCAGGCAGCUUCGCCAACUGCUGGAAAAGGUUCAAAACAUGUCCCAGUCUAUUGAAGUUUUAAACUUGAGAACACAGAGAGAUUUCCAAUAUGUGCUAAAAAUGGAAACCCAAAUGAAAGGGCUGAAGGCCAAGUUUCGGCAGAUUGAAGAUGAUCGGAAGACACUAAUGACCAAGCAUUUUCAGGAGUUGAAAGAGAAGAUGGAUGAACUUCUACCCUUGAUCCCUGUGUUGGAGCAAUACAAAACAGAUGCCAAGCUGAUCACACAGUUCAAGGAGGAAAUACGCAAUCUUUCUGCUGUUCUCACAGGGAUUCAGGAGGAAAUAGGUGCUUAUGACUAUGAGGAACUACAUCAAAGGGUGCUUAGUUUGGAAACCAGACUACGUGACUGCAUGAAAAAGCUAACAUGUGGAAAGUUGAUGAAAAUCACUGGCCCAAUUACAGUCAAGACAUCUGGAACCCGAUUUGGUGCAUGGAUGACAGACCCUUUGGCAUCUGAAAAAAAUAACAGAGUCUGGUACAUGGACAGUUAUACUAACAAUAAAAUUGUCCGAGAGUACAAGUCAAUGGCAGACUUCGUCAGUGGGGCAGAAUCAAGGACAUACAACCUUCCCUUCAAGUGGGCUGGAACUAAUCAUGUGGUCUACAACGGCUCCCUCUAUUUUAAUAAGUAUCAGAGCAACAUCAUCAUCAAAUACAGCUUUGAUAUGGGGAGAGUGCUUGCCCAACGAAGCCUCGAGUAUGCUGGCUUUCACAAUGUGUACCCCUACACGUGGGGUGGAUUCUCUGACAUCGACUUGAUGGCUGAUGAAAUAGGACUGUGGGCUGUGUAUGCAACUAACCAGAAUGCAGGCAAUAUUGUCAUCAGCCAGCUCAACCAAGACACCCUGGAGGUGAUGAAGAGCUGGAGCACCGGGUAUCCCAAGCGAAGCGCAGGGGAGUCUUUCAUGAUCUGUGGGACGCUGUAUGUCACAAACUCCCACUUAACUGGAGCCAAGGUGUAUUACUCCUAUUCUACCAAAACCUCCACCUAUGAGUACACGGACAUUCCCUUUCACAACCAAUACUUCCACAUAUCCAUGCUUGACUACAAUGCGAGGGAUAGAGCCCUUUAUGCCUGGAACAACGGUCACCAGGUCCUGUUUAAUGUCACUCUCUUCCACAUCAUUAAGACUGAGGAUGAUACAUAAGCUAGUGUAGCUUGUUUUCAUUGAUGUAAAGAGUCGUGUGUGAUCAGCUCUAUAAUACCCCUUCUCUCCCUUAUUAUAAAUUUUCAUCAUUUCUCCAAAGCAUCGUUAUCAUAGAAAUUGGUGUUUUAGAAAACAACUGAGUGUGUCUAAAGUUAACUGUUGAAAAUGCAUCUUAAUUCUUAAAUUUGCAAGGCCUGUCAUGUCCUUGUCAUGAAAAACACUAAAGGGAGCUUACAUGGUUAAAGUCAUAGUUUUGCAAAUAAUUCAUGAUCUGCCUUAUAUUAGAGUCAAAGACUAAUGGUGGCUUAAAUGCAUGAAUGUCUUUUAUUUUUGACUGUAAUUUUUUUACUGUCCUUUGCUCCACAUCAAGAAAUAUUUUGGUAGGAAUUAGGAGGAAAAAAAGCACUUUCCCCCCGUUUAUUUCUAAAAAAAAUAUUAAAUAUUUAAUUUAUAUGGGAAAUAAUAUAUUACUUUGCUGUUAUACAAUUCUCUGAUGCGGUGCUCUACAGUCAUUUUUAAAUCUCUUGCUAAUAUGUAUUUCUACCAUUGUAACCACCAUUGUGCAAUUCUAUCUCUUCACUUCUGUGAAAGUAAUAUUUUUAAAAAAUACACUGAAGUUUAAUCUCAGUAAUUAUUAUAGGUAAGUUUUCGAGCGUGGUUAAGAAGAAAAUAUCUUUUCUGUUUAUCCUUACAAGGCAUCAUAAUCUAAAAAGAAAAAAACAACUGGGUCCCUUAAAUAGGUACUGAUUUACCAAAAGACUAUUGGACCGCUGACCCUGGAUGAUGAAAGCGGUUCACCAAUUACACUAUUAGCUUACAGUUGCUUGAAAAGAUGCAGCUGAGUCGCUCAGAGUCACAAAAAUUGGAUAUGACUUGACUCAAAUAAAUUUUGUCCUUUACAAAUAAUUAUACAAGUAUCUUAACAAUAUUAUAAUGCUACAUGCAAUAAUGCAAUUCUAAGGAACAUAGAUAGGAUCAGAAUUCUAAAAAAACAUGAAGCACACCUAAGAAUUCAUAAAAUAAAAAUUUCUAUAAUGUCAACUAGACUUAUAGCAUGAGCACUGGAGAAUUAUUGGCAAGACUUGUGUUCGAGAAAAUGACGGGAAAACAUGGGAGUUGCCUAUUGGGUGAAAAUGUUGAAAUAACUAAUUCAGAAAACAAGAUUGGAAAGCUCUUCCAUGUUCAGAUCCCUGAUUCAUUGUGUGUAUGAAGAAUGUAAUCAAAAGAGAAAGGUUUAAAAAUAUUUUAUAACUCCAAAACCAUAUAAUCAAUAUAUAUCAAAUAUGUCACAAAGUUGAGUUUGGAUGUAAUUUCCAUACCUUAAAAAUACCUAAGCAGUUUCACAAAAACUCAUAUGGGAACUAGUAUGGUUUUAUAAUUUAAAAAGCAUAUUCUAAUAAAUGACAUAUAUGAAUUAUUAUAAAUGUUUAGUUUCACAUACAUAGUAUCCUAUUUUCUUUGUAAAGAUAUAAGAUAAAACAUUAUGUUAAAAAUAGUAUUAUGGAAAUAAUUCACUUUAAAUGUGACAGAUAAAAGAGAAUUCUCAAUCAUCUUACUGUCAAAAUUGUAGGAUUAAGUAAACAAAUCCUAAAAUUGUUAGUUUAACAAUGAUUAUAUUUUGCCUACAAAAUUAGCAUGAUUUAAUAAUCACUUUUGCAAUGUCUUCUUCUCUUUAAAAAAUGUUUAUAUAAGUUCUUUGCUUUUAAAAUUUAGGGUUUCACAUCAUUGUACACAUUCCACAAAAUAAUAUAUUGAUACUUUGUAUAUCAAGAGUUUGUAUGAAGAAAGUCAAUUUCAGAAAUGGAUUGCAUUUUUAAGUAGAUGGCCUUUUAAAGAGUAUUGGGAUCUUCAUUACUGGUGUUUUACUUUUAAAUAAAAACUAUGGAAUAUGAUAUCACAUAGAUGCAAACCUGGAAAAUAACAGCAUUUUUUUGUGAAAUGUGCACCUUGUAAAGCACUUCGCUGUUUCUAUGUAAUUGUUUCAUCACCAUCUCGGAUUUAUAGUGUACGUGCUGCUAGAGCAAGCACAACUUUUAUUAUUGUCAGUAGAAGUGGAGGUAACAUAAGUUUAAAAAUGUGAUUUUCAUUGAACACUUACAAUUUAAAAGCAUUUUCUUAGUAAAAUGUUAUCAGUUUUGUGCCUGAAAUAAAUAAUAACUUACUCUAA